GAAAGGAACGUUGUAGCACGGCUCAGAGCUUAUGUGUGCACCAAACGUGGAUUUACUGAAUGAGUGUGUGUGUGUGUGUGCAGAUAUUCUCACUGACACAGACGGAGUCGUCCUGCUGGUCUCUGUUAGAAUGUAAAGUGAAUUGAAGGAUUAGAGGAGUGUGUUGUGUGUGUGUGUGGCACUUGACUGGAAUACUAAGUGGAUAUGUGAUCAAAUCUGGAAUUUGCUGCAAUGCCUAUGGAAGAUUAUCCAUAUUCCACUGAUGUUUUACCACCGCUGCCGGAGGUCCCUGUUGGAGGGGCGGUCCUAAGCCAGGUGGGCGGUCCCAUCAGAAACUCUGCCCUGAGAUACUGCUCCUCGCGCAGCAUGGACUCCACGCACUGCAACGACCGACCGGUCAGCUACGGCUCCACCUCUUCCUCCGCCUCCUCCCGGGACAGCCACUGCUCACUAGGGGGCCGGCCGGUGUUAGGCUCCACCCCUGAGCGGGAUCAGGAUUCUGGGGCCAUCCGUUUGGAGCUGGUGCCUGCCGGUCAGCUAGAGGAGGAAGAUUUAGUAAGACAGACACCUACACUGGCCAAUCAAAGCGAGGGAGAUGUUCAGUCACCGGAAGGGCGUAAACUCCAGUAUGUUGACCGAGUGGUGCAGGAAAUUCUCGACACUGAAAAAACCUACGUCCAGGACCUUCGCAGUAUAGUUCAGGAUUACCUAGAGUGCAUCAGUAAUCAAUCUCUUCUGCUGCUGGGAGAUGAAGAGAGGAAUUCUUUAUUUGGAAAUAUCUGUGACAUCUACAGUUUUAACAGUGAUUUGCUUCAUGACCUGGAGAAGUGUAACGCUGACCCAGUUGCCAUAGCGAAGUGUUUCGUAGCCAAGAGUGAAGACUUCCACAUAUACACACAGUACUGCACAAAUUAUCCAAGGUCCGUUGCUGUCUUAACAGAGUGCAUGCAGAAUAAAACAGUGGCAAAGUUUCUGCGUGAACGUCAGGAGAGUCUGAAACACUCCCUUCCUCUCGGCUCAUACUUGCUUAAACCUGUCCAGAGGAUCCUCAAGUACCAUCUACUACUGCAUGAGAUCGCCACACAUCUGGAGAAGGAAUCAGAGAUGUACGACGUGAUCCAGGAGGCCAUAGACACCAUGCAGAGAGUGGCCUGGCACAUCAAUGACAUGAAGAGAAAACAUGAACAUGCAGUGAGACUACAGGAGGUUCAGAGUUUGUUGACUAACUGGAAUGGGCCUGAUCUGAUUAGCUAUGGCGAGCUGGUUCUCGAGGGAACAUUCCGAAUCCAGAGAGCGAAAAAUGAGAGAACACUCUUCCUGUUUGAUAGACUGCUACUGAUCACCAAGAAACGAGAGGAGACUUACACCUACAAGGCUCACAUCCUGUGUUGUAAUCUGAUGUUGGUGGAGGUCAUCACUAAAGAACCUCUGAGCUUCACUGUGUUUCACUAUAAGAACCCUAAACUUCAACAUACUGUGCAGGCGAAGUCUCAACAGGACAAGAGAAUGUGGGUCCUGCAUCUGAAAAGGCUGAUCCUUGAAAACCAUCCAGCCAAAAUACCGGCCAAGGCUAAGCAGGCCAUUCUGGAGAUGGAUACUGCAAACCAUCCAGGUUUUACCUUUAACUCCGAGGGUGACAAGAGAGUGAACACUAAGGAGGGUCCUUCACCAAGGAGAGUGCGAAGGAGGACAGAGCCAUUGGCUAAAUUACUGAAAAACUCCAAACACAUAAUAUCCAGCCCAGAUACACAGAAGCGUUCUAGUUUGGGGGUCACUCUGCUGUCACCUGUGGCCCAUUUGGGUUCGAUUGGCCGAUCUCGUAGCCUUGUCAGUGAAUCACAGGAGUCGCUGGAUCCUGGCGACCAAGGCAACCACAGUGAUGUAGAUGAAGGGCCGCAUCCACAGGAUGCAGAUGAUGAAGAUGACACUGGUUUGGGCUCUGGGGCCAAGCUGAGGGUGCCAGGGAAGAGCAGCCGGAAAAGGCUAAACCAGCAAGUGUCAGUGGAUAGCAUUGACCAGUGGAGAAACCACAACCUCACUCAUACAGAUCUCCAGACCGCCAAACAGACGCUAAAAAAUGAGGCUGUCAAAAUGAACACUCCUGUCCUACGAGUGACUGGUCCUCCUGAAACAGAGACCGAUGAACACUUCUCUCACAUGCUGGGAACAGGCAGGGAACGUUCUGUCUGCAACAUAUGGGCAGACCAUCGUGUCCGGAGGGCUAUGUUUCCCACUCGCCAAAAGUCUGUCCAAAUUGACGAUGAAGACAUCUAUCAGAUGUUCUUGCCAACUGAGAGAGAUGUAAGCAGUCAUGAUGCAGAGAGUGACCAUGAAACCACGGACCAUCCAGAGAGACCCUGUAGCUGGCAUAUUGUACAGACUCAUAGAUCGCAGCUAGAACUUCCCGUAAGUGGGGGCAGGGUACUUCGUAGGGCCAGCAGUGUUAGAGAAAAACAGAGUGAGAGACAAAGCCCUACCAAGCGAGCACUAAAAGAGGAAGAGACCAAUGCCCAGCCCGAGUCUUCAAGCACUGAAAUCUCAGGGUCAUCUUCUGCCGAGCAGUUGACGAUUGAUGAUAUCGAGAAUGUUUAUGACAACAUUAGUUACGAGGAGCUUCAGGCCAUGGGGAUGAAUCGCAAGGACCAAGUUACAGAGGUCACAGAAGUCAAACACAGGAUAGCGCCACAAGUUAUAAUCACUCCAACUGAAACUGAAAGUUCAUGUGAGAGUAAUAGGUCCUCUGGUCGAGAGACGGAGCAAUUUGAGACAUGUGAUCUGCAAAUUGUUGAGGACGAAGAGAAUGUCUAUGACACCAUUGUUUUCCAGGAUCGCCCAGUCUGUUCAACGCAUACUAAUCUGGGAAAAACAGACAGCCUGCAGACAUCGGAGAUAGAUCACAUGACUAGCAAGAUUUUAGGGGGCUUGGUUUCUGAGGAAAGCCUCUGUUCUAGAAACAACACUGAAGUUGAUCGACCCCUUCCCCAGAUUCCAUCUACUUCAAUUUUAGACACUGAAACGUCUCAGCUUUUCACAGCCAAUAACACGUUAGAGCAAGUGGAUGAGAUCUGGUGUGAUCUGGAAAACUACAUCCGGAACAAUGAAAAGAACCCGGACAGACUUCCAGCAGCAUUUCCUGUAAGUGGAACAGACUCCUCAUAUAAAACACAUGACUCACCACAAAAAGCACAAGACUCUCUAUGUAAAACAUACAGCUCCCCAAGUAAAGUCAACAGGUUGCAACAAAAGGCGAAUGAUUCCCAAUGCAAAGCACAAGAAUCUCCAAGUAAGAAAGCCAAUUCUGGGCAAAAGUCAAAUGACUCUCCAUGCAAAUUACCCUUAAAAAUGGACCCUUUAGUUUCUGCUUUAUCUGGAUCACAGAAUUCAACUGCAUCCAGACCACCUCCAGGUCUCCAUCUCCCCAUCCUCAACAUUCCAGAAACAAUGUUAGAUGAGAAAGAACUUGAGGUGUCUUCUUCUCCUACAUUACCUUCUCUUCCUUUUUCCCCCACCCCUGAGCCUCAAUGUGGCACAGUGAAGAGCAUCCGUAACAAACUAGCUAGAUUAAGCAGUGGAAGCUUCCGGAUGGAUGAUGAGGACAUCUCUUCACCAAAGGACUCAGAGCUUCAGUCCUUGUUUAGUAGUUUGGAGCCUGGCUCCUCUAGUCUACUGCUGGGUGGAGAAGCAAGGGAUCAGGUUCUUGAGCUUGGGGACAGGGGAAAGAACAGAGUGUUCCUCAUGGCUAGGCAGUACAGUCAGAAGAUCAAAAAGGCCAACCAGUUACUGAAGAUGAAGAGCAUGGACCAUGAACCCAGUUGUGCCAAGCUAAGGCUGAGUAAACAGAAAGACCUGGCAGCCAUACUAGAGGAGAAGAAACAAGGUGGCACUGCUAUAGGUGCAAGAAUAGCCGAGUACUCUCAGUUGUAUGAGCAGGUGGUUUUCAAGGGUUCUCCUAUAACUCCUCCAGUACUGAAGUCCUCUGUCAGUAUUGCAGGCCCCCAUCCACUUUUCCCGAACACCACCUCCUCCCCUUCCCUAUCCGAAAGCUCUACCCAAGAGUCUGAUUGGUUGAACUGCACAUACAGUAAUGGAGAACUUGCUGAUUUUGUGUCCUGGCCAGCAGAAUCGUCAGUGUGCACUUCAACCCCACAGAGAGGACUGACUUCUGCAAUUUCAACUCCUGCCUUGAAGAACCCCCCACCUGCUCAUAGUACUCAACACAAUCAGCGUUGGAGUGCCUGUGUGACACCAAGCAAAGAUGACUCUGAUCACAUUUACUCUUCAAUAGGACCACGUAACACUAAAGUGUCAGCUUACAAUCACUGCAAGUCCUCAUCUUCAUUGAUAGAUCAGACUGGAAAAGAGAAUGGGAGGGGACUAUGUAAUCAGAUGUGGGAGGUGCACAGAAAAGAAUCAAGGACGCACAUGUGUCGGCAGCAAAGCCUCCCUGAAUGUCCUGUCCAAGUGACUUCUGACAUCUCAGUGCCAUGUGAUAUCACACUAAGGGACUCACAGCAAGUUGUGGUGCUGGGCAAAAAAGUGCCACUGAAUGCACAAAGUGCCACUGAAAAUUAUCUGGCCAACUUUAAAGACACUGGAGAUGAUGAUGACGAUUAUGUGGAGAUCCGUUCUGAAGAUGAGGGCGAAGAGCAAAAACAAGAGGUGCCCAUAGCGGCUCAGCUGCACAAUUUGUCAGGAACUGCAGUUAAGUACUGCAGCCAACCUCAAAGCAGCAUUCAGACCCUUGGAAAGGGACAGCAGACCACACCUGAGAUGGCUCUACAGGGAUACCAGUGGAAUGAUCCAGACUGCAGCCAGCAGGGUGUAAAUCAGCCCAAAAUUGUCCAGUCACUGAGAGAAAAGUUCCAGUGUCUCAGCUCUAGCAGUUUUGCAUAAGAAGCAUGGACUAUGGACAACAUGCCACAUAUUUGGCACAUGCAAGAAAACUUCCACAUGGAACAUGUUACGCAACUUAAAGACACAACACAAAGGAUACAAUAUACAAUAUUUGCAUUGUAAAGUAAUUUACUGAAUUCAAUACACAUAUCAACAGCACACAAUUUGUAAAUGAUGAAUUACACAUUACUCUGCUCAUAUCUACUUGAAUUUGGAUGCGCAAAGUAGCAUAUCUAAGCAGGAAACUAUACAGAUAUAAUUUUCAAAUUAUUUUAUUUCUAUUUUUCUUCAUAUGAAAACCUAUGUUGUAAAACAAAACUUUCAGCUUACAGGUCAGAUCAUGACUGUACAUUUUAAAGGUGUGGGAAGUGAAGUUCAUGAAAGAAAAUAAAAGACAUUGGACACAUCGGUAAAACUUGAAUCAUAGGCACAACUCUUUAUUUCUAAUUUCAAACAUAUUUCUCUCUUAAACUUUUACAAUAUUCUCAUGAACUACUGGUUAUAAUAUUCUAGUAAAUGUACCAUAUAUACACUGUAGAUGUCACCUACAAGCUUUAAUAUUCUCUAUAUAACAAGCACAUGACUGGUGAUGUUAAAUUAUCUGCCAUAAUCUCGGUGUACACAUGUAGAUAGAAUCGUCAUAGGCCAAUAACUCAAAUAUUUUACUUUUAAUUGUGUAAACAAACAGCAGAAAAAAGCUGAAAAAAAUGUCUGUGCCAAAUACUGAAGAAAAAAAAUUAUAUAUCCAAGUAGCUUUGGUGUGUAAGAUCAAAAAAUUAAAUAUUAUCCAAGGAGGCUUGCACACAAUGUCCAUAGAAAAAAUCUGCAGGAAUUUAUUAAGAAGCCACAAAGUGCACUGAGCACUUUUACACUUUGUGGCCUCUUAAUAAAUUCCUGCAGAUUUUUCCUAUGUACAUUGUGUGCAAGACUUCUCUCUCCUUGGAUUACUUUUAAUUGUGUAGAAAUAUGCCAUUAGUAAGGGUUGAGUAGGUAUCUUCAGAAAACUACAUGUAUGCUAAUAUUGCCAGCGACCAUUCAGUGUGUGAUUUGGUAUAUUUGCAUGCCAUGUUUUCUCAAGACCAGAAUGCAUAGAAUUCAUAUAUAUUUUACUAUACUGUACAUUAGGUAUAUAGAGAGAUUUAUCAGACUGGGAAGUCAUAGGUGUAUUUAAAACAAGGUGAUCAAGUUGUUCAUGCUAAAAUGCUAGUUACAAACAACCAUGGCUCAGACAUUAGUAUAGUGUCAAUAACGCUGAGAAAAAUUGCUAUAUGGAUUUAGAUUUGAUUUUUUUUUAUUUUAUUUUUUAUUUGCAUAACAAAACAAUAACUAGAAAAUGUAAUUGGCAAAAAGUGAACAAAUAUCAGUUAGUGUCUUAAAGGGAUAGUUCACCUAAAAAUGAAAAUUCUCUCACCCUCAUGCCAUCCCAGAUGUGUAUGACUUUCUUUCUUAUGCUGAACACAAACAAAGAUUUUUAAAAGAAUAUUUCAGCUCUGUAGAUCUAUACAAUUCAAGUGAAAGGUGACCAGAACUUUCACAUUCAGCCACCUACUGGUUGGGGCUGGUCAAAUGUGGAGAUUGAUAGUAAAAAAAAAAAUGACUUAACUUGAUCUGUUUCUCAACAACACCUAUCAUAUAUCUAUGAAUUUAACCACUGGAGUCCUAUGGAUUACUUUUAUGCUGACUUUGUCAUUUUAGGACCUUCUGAGUUCUGGUCACCAUUCACUUGCAUUGUAUGGACCUACAGAACUGAGGUAUUCUUCUGAAAAUCUUCAUUUGUGUUCUGCAGAAGAAAGUCACAUCUGGGGUGGCACGAGGGUGAGGAAAUGAUGAGAGAAUUUUCAUUUUUGGGUGAACUAACCCUUUAAUUUUAGGUUCAUUUGAUUGUGUUCAGGGGACCAUGUUGGAGAAUAGAGUUUGAGGUUUCAAAAAUGUACUGUAAUUUGUUGUAAUUUGGGCUCAAUAUUAUGUAUUUUCUUGUCAUUUGAUUGUGUAUAGGGUUAAAUAUAUAUAUAUAUACACACACACACAGCAUUAGCUGUCCCUGCCUUCUCUCCACCUAGAAACAAAAUGGCUCACAUACGGUCUUCUUUCAUCCCAAAAGAUUUAAGAGGGUUUUUUAUGAUUAGUGAUUUUCUCAGCACAUUUCAGUUUUUUUUAUUUUAAUUUUAUUUUUAAUUUUAUUUAUUUACCUCUGGGUAUUUCUGUUUUCUCUCUAAUUUUGAGAUGUCUGUUUCAAUACGAUGGAACAAUAUUUAUUAAAUGUUUAAAUUGGUUGUUCAGCUGGUAUAAUAAAAAAUUGGUUUAUUAUAAUAAUGGUAUAAUAAUAAAUUGGUUUAGUGCGUGUGAAUAUUGCCAUUUUUUUUUUUUGUUUUGUUUCUAUGAACACUGUUACUUUCUCAAAAUGCUACAUUGAAAGAAGAAAUAAUCUUAUAUGACCUACCAAAUACCAGUGUAAAUAGAGUGAAUUUAAAUUUGGAUCAAAGCUAUCAAUGAAGUAUGUUUGCAUGUUGUUGCGGUUUUUUUGGUUUGUUUGUUUUUUGUUUUUUAAGUUGUACAUUGUUUUGUUUUAGUUUUUAUUUUAUUUUUUUUAUUUUUUUACUGGUGGGGACUGUUAUCCUAUAUUGGAAUUGUUUCUUUUGCACUUUUCCUCCAUUUUAAUAUUCUGUAAAGGUGUACAUUUUCAUGAAUAUUGCCAUUCUCCGAUUCUCAUGAUGAGACUUAAGUUAAGUUUUUGCUUUCUUUGUUUUUAUUUUUAUAUCUGCCUAGUUGUAAAUGGUCGAAGAUGUACUUUAGGCAACAAAUAAACCUUCAGUUAAA